UCUAAAUGUGGUAUUAUUAUCCAAUGAUAACAUUUAUUGAUUCUGGCGCCAAUAAUAUUGAUAUGAGAUCCAUAAUGCGCCAUGAUAGUAUACGUAUAUUUACCUAUUCAAUACUUGUUACUAUUAUUAUUGCUACAUGGUAUAGCUGUAUAAUAGUACAAGCUAAUAAUGUUUCCGGUACUUCAUCAUCACGUUAUUCAAGUUCUAUUACAAAACAACAACAACAACAAUCAUCAUCAAGUGUUAAUAAUAAUAAUAAUAAUAAUAAUAAUAAUAAUGAUCAACGUAGUGAUCAAGUACGUAAAUUUCCAAUAUUACGUGCAUUAGUAUCACAAUUUGUAUCUGAUCGUAGUUCACGUGAUUUAAUGAUCAAUAAAGAUGAUUCAGAAAUAUUAAUUGGAUCAUUUGAAUCAAUUCAAUCAUCAUCAUAUUCAACACCAUCAUUUCAAUCACAACGUAUUAAAGAUAAUGGAAAAUCAACUGUUGUCACAAAUCAAUUGUCAACGAAUAACAUUAACAAACAGCAACAACAACAACAACAACAACAACAAUCAUCAAAAUCGAAUCUACAACAACAACAACAACAAGCUAGUUCAAAUGCUAAAAGUAUACAACAUAUAAUUGAUGAUAUUAAUUCACAGAAUAGUAAAAUAUCGAAUAAACGACGUAAACGUUUUCUUGUUAAUAUUUUAUCAAGAAUGCUUAAAUCGGUUAAUUUUACUGAGCUUAGUUCACAAAUGCGAAACGGUAUAUCAUCAAGAGCAUCAUGUUGGGCAUGUAAUGCAUUAGCAGGUUUAUUUCUUAGUCCAGUUUAUUCAAAAGAAAUGAUGACAAUGGCUGUCAAUACUGUUUGUAUGUCAUUUCGUUUACAAACACCAAGAGUUUGUUCAGGAAUUGUUGAUUCAUUCAAGGAUGAUCUUGAUUAUAUACGUACACAUACAACACUUAAACAUGGUGAAAUGUGUGGUGUAAUAUUCGGUAUGGAUUGUGCACGUAAAAUAACUAAAAAUCUUAAUUGGACAAUAACAAUACCGGAAAAAAAAUAUUAUAAUCAUCAUCAUCAUCAUCAUCGAUAUUCAUCAAAUAAUGUUAAACGUACUGAUAAUAAUUUAAUGAGUAAUACAGAUACUGGUAUUGAAAAUAAUGAAUUUAUUGAUUAUAAAGAUUCAUCAUCAUCAUCAUCAUCAUCAUCAUCAUCAUCAUCAUUAUCAUCUGCAUAUAAAAGUCUUAGUAAAUUAGUACAAAUAACGGAUAUUCAUGUUGAUCCAUAUUAUGAACCAGGAUCUGAAGCAAGUUGUGGUGAACCAUUAUGUUGUCGUUCAACAAAUGGUCAAGCUAAAAAUAAAGAUCGUUCAGCUGGAAUUUGGGGUGAUUAUCGUAAUUGUGAUACACCAGUACAAACAUUAAGACAUGUACUUAAACAUAUCAAUGAAAUGCAUUCCGAUGCCGAAUAUUGGAUUUGGACAGGUGAUGUUGCACCACAUGAUAUAUGGAAUGUAACUAAACAAGAAGUUAUUUCACAAAUGAAAUUGGUAACAAAUCUAAUUAAACAAUAUGCCCGUGUUCCAGUAUAUCCAGUUAUUGGCAAUCAUGAAGGUGUACCAGUCAACAGUUUUCCUCCUCCUGAAAUUAAAGGAAUAAAUUCCAUUAGUUGGUUAUAUGAUUCUGUGGCUGAAGAAUGGGCAUUCUGGUUACCGGAUGACGCUCUACAAACAUUACGAUAUGGUGGAUAUUAUAUGGUAAAACCUCGAUCCAAUAUGCGAGUCAUUUGUAUCAAUACAAAUUAUUGCGCAAGAUUAAAUCCAUGGAGUCUUUACAAUCCAGUUGAUCCGGCUAAUCAAUUAAAAUGGCUAAGUGAUGAAUUACAUAAAGCGGAAAAAGUUGGCGAUAAAGUACAUAUUAUUGGUCAUAUACCACCGGAUAACAGAGAAUGUACACAAGCAUGGUUAUAUAAUUUUCUUCGAAUUAUCGAUCGAUUUAAUGAGACUAUUUUGGCACAAUAUUAUGGCCACACUCAUCGUGAUGAAUAUCGGCUAUUCUAUUCACCUGGACAUCAUGAAGUACCAAUCGGUUUAGCAUAUAUUGGUCCAAGCAUAACACCAUUCACUGAAAAUAAUCCAGCAUAUCGACUUUAUUAUAUGGAAGAUAGUGGUAUACUUAAUGAUCAUGAAACAUUUUAUUUUAAUCUAACUGAAGCAAAUCAUAAUAAUCGUGGACCACAAUGGAAACAUGAAUAUCGUGCAGUGGAAAAAUUUGGUCUUGAUGAUAUGAGUCCAGAUAGUUGGCAUAAUUUAUCAAUCAAAUUACAUACAGAUGAUAAAUUAUUUAAUGAAUUUAAAAAUCUUUACUAUCGUCAUAGUGAUGUGAAAAAAGAUGAAAGAUGUACGGAUAAAUGUAGAAAAUAUAUUCUUAGUGAUCUAGCCGUAUUACAUCCGUUAAAGAAUCGACCAAAAAGAUUCUUUGGCCGACGUAAACAUAGUCAUUCAAAGUGAGAUCAAUUUCAAUUCAAUCAUCAUUAUUAUUAUCAUCAAAAACUAAAAA